CUUAUUCCAACAUCCUGAGUCUAUCUGCUGCAGUGUUACAGAACAAGCCCCGGAGGAACUGUGAGGGCUAUCACUGACGGAAACAGUAAUCACUGGCUCGGCUUCCUCUGCUCAGCCCUGUCCAGUCCUAAGCUUUGAACUGGCGUAUCCUCCUGCAACUGAAAUCAUGAGGAUGUCUGCCGAGGACAGUGGUUCCACCAGUCCCAGAGAUGGGGAAUGGCCAGAACUGGAAAAAGCAGAGAAGCUGGCAAGAGGGGCUGCCUUAAAGUGGGCAUCUGGGGUGUUUUACCAACCAGACAAGCUGGAUGGUCUUGGGCAGUAUCAGACUCGGGAGACGCAGCGCAACAAGUUCAUCCAAUCCCGCAUAAAGUCCACUGUUCAGUCCUACCUGGAGGGCGUGAGCACAGGCCUGGGGGAGCUGCAUUCUGCCCUCGCUGACGUCCAACACGUGCAACAAGAAUUGGGGAGCAUACAGAAGGAUCUGAAGUCAUGCAUUGAUUCUUUUCGGAGCUUACAGCAGCUACAGGAGCUGGUCACGAAGCAUGCCCAGCUAGAGGCAGUGGUUCAGAUGUUGCCCCAGCUUUUCUCAGUACCUCAACUCCUUUCAGAAGCCUUCAGUCUCUUACAAAGCCAGCACCUCUUGAAAGCUCAUCUAAAGCUCAUGGACUUGGAGAGUUUACGGGAUAGCAUCCUAUCCCAGUUGUGUAGCCACAACCUGCUCAGCUCCUUGCACCUGGCCAGCGUUGAAUCCUACUUUGGAGGUGUCAUGGAACUGAACAAUGCCUUGGCCCAGCAUCUGUGGCACACUGUUGCCCAUGCCACAGAAUUGGUGUCAGAGGACCCAUCCCUUUUUGUAUCAGCUCUGCGAAUUAUUGAGCGAGAAGAAGGCAUAGAUGCUAUUGUGCUGCUGAAAUCCCAGCCCCAUGGCUUCCUCCCACCGGGACGCCCAAAACGUUGGAAAAGGAAAUUUUUCCAAGUCAUCCAAGACACUGUCAUAGCUGCCUAUUUCCAGGCUGAGCCAAACAAUGCUCAAGGCCAGUGGCUUGCUAGCCACUUGACAUCCUUGCAGAAUAACAUUCUAGCUGAAUUACGCAUCGUGAAAGAUUUGAUGGUCCAGUGCUGCCCUCCUCAUUACAACAUCCUCACAGCUAUUGCCACCAUGUUCCAUCAAGGCCUAGCCAAUCACCUGCAUCAUAUUCUUACCUGGGACCUAGACAAACAAGAGAUCUUCACUCUCCUCUGCUGGGCAAUCCAUGUUUACCCAAGUUCUGAAAUGAUGGCUCACCCAGAUCUACUUCCUGAAGUGGACAUCUCAACCUUGGGUCGUCUGUUUCCAGCAGAUACAAUAGACUAUCUGGAGGAGACUUACCUGGGGAAAGUACAGGCUACUAUUGCAGAAUGGAUGCAGAAGGCUCUAGAAAUGGAGUUUAAAGAAUGGCUUUCUGGGAAGGAGCCCAAAUCCGAUCAUCGAAGCUUCUUCCAGACCGAUCUGCCUAUCAUUGCCAUAACGAUGCUUGAUGAAAACAUUCGUGUGGUAUUGCCCAUCUCUGGUAUUUUCCAGCAGAAAGUUCUUGAAAUGGCUUUGGGAGAGUUGGAGGCCUUUUUGGGCAGCCUGUAUGAGAAACUGGUGGAAUUUGGCAAACUGCAUCAGCAAGAGCCCAUGGCAUCUAAGUGCUACACACCAUACUUGCUGUCCACUGUCAACAACUGCCUGACUCUCAGCUCCUCCAUCCCAGCCUUGUAUCCCAGUGGAUUGCCAUCUGAAGAGCCUGCCAGGAUGCCACCAUCUCUGCAUACUGCCCUAGAGAAAAUUCAGAAGAAGGCAUGCCAACUUCUACUGGAGGAGUUGCUGGCUGACUUGAAGCCACACUUUGCCCAGCUGCCCUCCCACCAGUGGCUGCUGGAUGACUUUCAGCUGAUGAACAGCAUAUGUGAGGUGAUAGACAAGCAUGCAGAAGGUUUCUGCAGAACUCACAAACCUGUCAGCAUGUACCUGCUGUCAGAAGCUGAGCACCUGGUUACGAGCCAGUAUGUGAAGUCCCUCUUGCAGAAACGGAUGAGGUGCCGAACAGCCGAGGAGCGGAGCAAGAUGUCCACAAGGAUGCUGCAGGAUACCUCUCAGCUCAAAGAACUCUUCUGUGCCCUGGGCUUGGAGGAGGACAAACUGACUCUCGAAGCCAUUGCUGACCUGCAGCAGUUCGUCAGUGUCAAGGAUCACUCUAUGCUCGGCCUGGAAGUGCUGAGAAUCAAGUCAAAAUAUCCUGAUAUCAGCGAGGACCACAUUUCCAUGCUCUUAUACUUGCGUGGCGACAUCUCCAAAGAAAUCUGCAAUAAUGUGCUGGAAAUCAUGGUGCAGAAUCCUCAAGUCCUACCGGAGAAUUAUGAUCCCAUUUUUAGCAAUAUCUUGGUUCCUGCUCCAGAGCUGUCCUCCUGCCUUGGCAAGUCCAAAUGUGCCUGAGAGUUCCUUAGGUGCUGCUGCCAGCUGUCUCCCCAGCCAUCUCUGAAUUCACUGACCUGCCCAGAUUGCAGCUGGUAACCUUGGCAUGGUGGACAAAUUUACCAUGCCUACAAGCAUUGCACCAUUUUGUGGGGGGCAGAUGGAGGAACUGCAUUUAAACAAGAUUAAUAUCACGUUCUGUCUGAUUUCUCUUUCUUUUGCAUAUCCACAGGUAUCUUUUGCUGUUUCAGAUCUAAAUAUUAACUGGCACACUGUUCUGUUCAGCUAACAAUGAUUAAAAUUCUCUCUCUUGCGCAUGUAAAUUUCCUGGGACUUUUAAGUCUCUGUUCACUGUUUGCUCU